GUCUACAUUUCAUCCGUAGACGCGGCCGUGGCGAUUGUUUAAUGCUAACUAGUUGCGAGAAGCAGAGAAACGAAAGUGGAACGUGUGUAUUAAAUUCAUUAAACAAAUGCCACUCGACAAGGCCAGCUAACCCUAAUAAGUUUGUGUGCAGGGCAACGCUACCUGGUGUUGAAUACUGGAAGUAUUUCUAAGUAAGAUGGCGAUUUAUGGAAUAGAAUAAGUGGGAAAGAGCGCGGUGCGUGAUACUUGCGCAGCAAUUUGAGUGGGAGUGGUGCCGCCGUCUUUCCCGCAGCACCGCGCAAUCAUCUCAUCAUCCCCAACACUUCGACGCUGACGCACUGAUGUGAUUCAUACUUGGUGCGGGCGCAUUGUUUCACGCCGAUUUCUAUCCGUAGUGUUUUUCUAUCCGUUUACACACCGCUCAACUGUGCCAACGAAAGCUCAACAACUCAACCACCGACGAUGGCCGACCACUUCGGGCUGAAAUGGGAUCCCAAGAACUUGGAGAUUCGCACCAUGUCUGUGGAGAAGACACUCGAACCGCUGGUGUUGCAAGUGACCACAUUGGUUAACACCAAGGGUCCAUCCAAGAAAAAGAAAGGCAAGUCUAAGCGUGCGAAUGCACUUGUAAGCACCGUCGAGAAAGCCACCGAGAAUUUCAUCCAGAAAGGUGAACAAAUCGCGUAUGAAAACAAAGAUAUCACGCAGGAGAUGCUUUCCGCCGUUGACGAAGUCCGCAAAACAGGUAAUGCGAUGAGUAUUGCAGCGCGAGAAUUCUCCGAAGAUCCUUGUUCUUCUCUGAAGAGAGGAAACAUGGUGAGGGCAGCGAGAAAUUUACUCUCUGCUGUCACCAGAUUGUUAAUUCUGGCUGACAUGGUGGAUGUACCUUUGCUCAAGUCUUUACGCGUCGUUGAAGAUGACUUACAGAAACUACGCGAUGCUUCAAGCCAAGGAGAGCUUUUAGACAAUAUUAAAGCCUUUGGACAUAAUGCAAACGAACUUAUGAAUCAAGCUGCGAAACGUCAGCAAGAGCUGAAAGAUCCACAGCCGGAUGAUCUUGCUGCGGCCAGAGCAGUGCUCAAGAAGCAUUCGACAAUGUUGUUGACGGCGUCGAAGGUUUACGUGCGUCAUCCGGAAUUGGCGGCGGCGAAAGCCAAUCGCGACUACGUUUUGAAGCAAGUCUGCGAGGCGGUGAACACGAUUAGUGAUGUAGCGCAAGGGCGUACACCACAACCGUCGCAGAAUCCUUAUGAUGGGCCUGGGGAACUUGCUGCGGCGUUGGAUGACUUUGAUGAACGUAUGGAAAUGGAACCACUGGCCUACAAUGAAGUCCACACUCGUCCUUCACUUGAAGAACGCCUGGAGAGCAUCAUCAGCGGCGCGGCCCUAAUGGCUGAUUCAAGUUGCACGCGCGAUGAACGCCGUGAACGCAUUGUCGCUGAAUGUAACGCGGUGCGUCAAGCCCUCCAGGACUUGCUCUCCGAAUACAUGUCGAACCAAUUGCAAGUUUUACAUGGAGGUACACGGAUGGGUAAUAAGGACCCAAGCGACGGUCUGGGUCGUGCUAUCGACCACAUGGGACGCAAAACUAAAGAUUUGCGUCGUCAACUACGCAAAGCAGUGGUAGAUCACGUCUCCGACAGUUUUCUGGAGACAAAUCUGCCGCUUUUGAUCCUUAUCAAAGCAGCGCAGACUGGAAACGAAAAGGAAGUCGAUGAAAACGCGAUUGUCUUCACAGAACAUUCGAAUAAACUCGUCGAGGUCGCCAAUCUUGUCUGCAGCAUGUCCAACAACGAAGACGGCGUCAAAAUGGUGCGCUACGCCGCCGCGCAGAUUGACAAUCUGUGCCCGGAGGUGAUCAACGCUGCGCGCAUUCUUGCAGUUCGCCCGCGUAGUAAAGUAGCACAGGAGAAUAUGCUUGCAUUUAAAGAGGCUUGGGAGAACCAAGUGCGCAUUCUGACUGAAGCCGUGGAUGAUAUUACCACGAUCGAUGAUUUCCUAGCGGUGUCCGAGAAUCACAUCCUGGAAGAUGUGAAUAAAUGUGUGUUGGCACUCCAGGAGGGCGAUAGCGAUACACUGGAACGUACUGCCGGCGGUAUACGAGGACGUUCACAGCGUGUUUGUAAUGUUGUCGCUGCUGAAAUGGACAAUUACGAGCCAUGUAUCUACACCAAGAGGGUGUUGGAAGCUGUCAAGGUUUUGAAUGAGCAAGUAAUGCCCAAGUUUGGGCAGAGGGUGUCAGUGGCAGUGUCGGCGCUUGCUAGUAAUCCGCAGAAAGAUGUGGAUGAGAAUGAUUUUAUCGAUGCGUCGCGUUUGGUUUAUGAUGGCGUGAGGGAAAUUCGAAGGGCGGUGCUUAUGAAUCGCGCUGAUGAAGAUUUGGAUCCGGAAGAUGUCGAAUUGGAUGAGAAUUACACUUUGGAGACGAGGAGUAAAUCGAGUGCACACACUGGUGAACACGGCGUUGAUGAAUACCCCGACAUUAGUGGUAUUACCACAGCUCGUGAAGCUAUGGGUAAGAUGCCCGAAGAAGACAAACAGAAGAUUCUACAGCAAGUAGAGUUCUUCCGCUCCGAGAAGCUCAAGUUUGAUCGUGAGGUAGCGAAGUGGGACGAUACUGGCAAUGAUAUUGUCGUGCUGGCGAAGCACAUGUGCAUGAUUAUGAUGGAAAUGACAGAUUUUACCCGAGGACGUGGCCCGCUCAAGACCACCAUGGAUGUUAUCAAUGCGGCGAAGAAGAUCUCCGAGGCUGGUAAUAAACUGGACAAGCUGACGAAGCAGAUUGCGGAUCAAUGCCCGGAGAGUUCUACCAAAAAGGAUCUGUUGGCGUAUCUACAAAGGAUUAAUCUGUAUUGUCAUCAGAUUAGUAUCACCAGCAAGGUGAAGGCUGAUGUGCAGAAUAUCAGUGGAGAAUUGAUUGUUUCUGGGUUGGAUAGCGCAACAUCUUUAAUUCAAGCAGCGAAGAACUUGAUGAACGCUGUCGUGUUGACGGUGACGGCUUCCUACGUCGCUUCAACGAAAUAUCCUCGACAACCAGGAAUUGUUGCUCAAGUAAGUACGCCGUCGCCUAUUGUCGUCUGGAAGAUGAAAGCGCCCGAGAAGAAACCGCUCGUGCGCCCUGAGAAACCGGAGGAAGUCCGUGCCAAAGUCCGGAAGGGCUCACAAAAGAAAGUGCAGAAUCCAAUUCACGCACUCUCCGAAUUCCAAAGCCCGACCGAAUCGGUAUAGAUUUAAGCUUUAAAUUAAGAAACAAAAACAUUAUAUAAAACAAAUUCCGUUCGGUCUAAUGAUACAUUCUAUCGGCAGCAAUAAGAAUACGUUUCGAAACUUUAAAUUUGACAAGCUGAUCAACAAAUACUAUUAUAACGAACAAUAAGCUUGCCGGAAUAAUUUAAGUAUACAUACAGAGUAUUAGUAGUCUCCUUCAGAUAUAUCAUACAUUUAUAUAAUCAGAUGCGUCGCCGAGUCGCGCAUAUAUUUAUUUUUAGACUUUUGAUGAGACGACUAUGUAUUUAACGUUUAUUGUAUUGUAUUCGAUUGAUUCGCAUAGCUGUAGACUGGUUUAGUGGUGUGGGAACUGAGUUUUUACACUUUUACAGAGAAAUUUCCAAAGUUAAUGACGUGUUUGAAUGCUACAAACGAUUGCAUAUCGAGUAAAUAUGAUUGCAGCAUUAUUGACGCAUUGAGAUGACGAAAAUUAUUCAGUUCGAAGCAUGAAAGAGAAAAGAAAGAGAAUGAAAUUGAUGGCGUUUUAGAAGCUUGUUGUAACAAUCAUCGAUUUUGACUUCAAUAUUGACUAUAAAUAUGUAAUUAUGAUGCAGUGGCAGCUGGAGCAAAAGGAAAAAUGGCCGCAAGUGAAGUGCAAAUGUUUGCUGUACUUCAUUUACGAUGCUAUUGAAACAAUUGGUGCGAUGUCAAAUUAUCCUCUCUCGCGAACAAAUUACAAAAGUGUAAACUGAUUACGGCAUAAAUGUAUUGAUAAUAUAAGCUAAUUUAUAGAA